AUGGUUGAAGUCCCCAGAAAUCACAAUGAGAGCAGUAGGGUGAACCGUCUGUAUCCGGGCCACAACUGCGUGAAUGGCGUCACAGGCGCUGCGAGGGAGAUGCGUAUCGCCCGAUCGGAAAAGGAUUUCUUGGAGCAGCUGGAGUCGGCGAGACGGGAAGCGAGGAAAUCUUUCAACGAUGACGUAAUGCUGGUGGAGAAGUUUGUAGACCCCAGAUGCUGUACAGUGGAGUUCAUCAUGGACGCUCAGCACAACUUGUACUUCGUGGAGAUGAACACGCGGCUGCAGGUGGAGCACCCGGUGUCGGAGAUGAUCACAGGGACCGACCUGGUGGAGUGGCAGCUGCGGGUGGCGGCAGGCGAGCGUCUACAGCUCCUCCAGGAUGACAUAAUCUUAAAGGGACACUCGUUUGAGGCCAGGAUCUACGCUGAGGACCCCGACAACGACUUCCUGCCAGGAGCCGGCCCCCCGCUGCACCUGUCCACACCUGCCCCGGACCAGAGCGCGCGCAUCGAGACGGGGGUCAGGGAAGGUACGGGACACGAAAGGACGAAUCGAUCUGAAACUCAACGUAGAGUCCGAGCGCUGUUUUUAGUUUAA